UUUUUUGCUGCUGAAUCAGUUCAUCUAUGCUUGCGAUUAUAAGUCCUAUUGUUUAGAUAUUUGAGUCUCAUCCUUUUUGUGUCAAGAAUCGGCCACAGCAAAUGAGGAAUGAUUCAAGAUAAGUAAUCCAAACAUAUUGACAUGGUUUAUUUUGACAGGUACUAAACAUUUCUAUUAAGUUUAUCUAAUUACAUUUGUUGAUGCAGGUCCAUUGUCUAGUUUACUGGGUAAUGUUAUUCAUUUCGAUUAGAGGAGUAUCUCUUGCUAUUCAUGCGCAAAAGUACUUCGUACCAUCAUUGGAAUUAUUGGGAUUGUUAUUUCAAGUCUAAUCUCCCUCUCACAAGUGCCAAGGUUUUUACAUAUAUACAAGAAGAAAUCAGUGGAGGAUUAUAUACCGACUCGUCAUAUAGCGCUGGUGAUGAUACAUGGUUUGUGGGUUUUGUAUGGUCUCCCUCUUUUCCACAAAGAUGGUAUUCUCGUCACCACUAGUAAUGGCAUUGGCUGCCUAAUCGAAAUUAUCUACUUGGUUGUCUUUUUGAUAUACUGCAGCGACGAAUCAUGCCGUAGCAACACUUGGUAUAGUCUUGCAUCUGGGAUUCCUUUAGUAUUGGUAUUACUCUACGGGACUUCUCUUACUGAAAGUGAGAGUUUAUCGACUCUACAUAUCACCAUUGGUGUUAUUUGCGACGUUCUCACCACAGGUGUGGAUAUUAAAAUUGCUUUGACCUAUGAGAACGUACCUGUAUGGUUCUACUUGGCUAAAUUCAUCAACGCUGGAGUUUGGCUUGCUUACUCUUUGAUCUACAAGUUAGAUAUCUUCGUUCUUAUAAGUAGUGGGCUUGGAAUGUUGUUAUGUGCUUCUCAACUAAUAUUCUGCUCGAAUCGGCCAAUCAAACCAGCUCAGUCCAAUGCCGCGGACACUCUACCCCAACUGUCGACGUACGUCGGUGUUGUGUGAGAGUUUGGUGUUUGGUGUCUGGUGUUUGGUGUUUGGAUCACUAGGUACAUAUAUACUUGUGCGUGUGAGGGAUCUUUUUUUUUUUUUGGUGUUUUCCUAUGUGUUAUCAAU